UAGCGCGUGUUUGCAAUAAACAAAUAAAUGCUUUAAUAACUGUUCCCUCAACAACAAAAAAGUAACAAGCGUGUUUCUACCUAGAGAUCAUAGGAGCUAAAUUCUCCAAAGAAAAAAAAACUGAUAAAACUGUAUCAUCACGAGUUGACAUUUGACCUCAAAUGAGAAUGAAUAGGAAGAGCUCUCAGCACCCAAGCGUGGUGACUCCUCUUGCAAAACAAAGCGGAAAGAAUUACACGUGCCAACCACGUGCCUGCACGCAUCCCUUCCAGCAUCACUUCAUCUCCAGCAUCCGUUCAUAAAUGUCAAUCACAACAUCUGGUCACGCCUUAAACUUCUGCUAUUGGUUGAGGAGGCGGAGCUUUAUUUUCCGAUCUCACCAGUCCUUGAAUGGAGUAGCAAGAGCGACUUGAUCUGCAUCCCUGGCAUCAUCAGAAAGCUAUAUACAGGUGUUCAAUGCGAACAAGUGGUUCUAUAAGUGACUCUCCAUCAAUCAGUGUUUUGUUCAAUGGCUGUGUUGUUUUUGUUUUGUUCCUGUGUUACUGAUUUUUAAUAGACUUAAAAGUCGCUGUUCCAACAUACAUUAUGCAAAAUUGAAUUGCAAAACUGCAAAAUCGUGUGGAUAAUCUAAUUAGUUCAAAUGUUUGUUCCUAAUAAUUUUUGUGUCAGUACAUCGAAAUAAUUUAUAGAAUAUCAGGAAUAUGUUUCGUUUGAAAACAAUCGUUUGCAAAACUGAUGAGAGAUUGAAAAUAUAGAUUCAAUUAUUGCCAUUGGAUUUUUUAUUAUCUUCAAAAAGUUGUGAUUUUAAGAUUUGUGUGCUGCAGUUGUGUGUUGGAAGCUUAUUAUGUUUUUGUAAAUUACAAGUUUCCUGAAGUACGACAGAUUGCUGUAUUUUUCAAGUAGCUUAUACGUUACAGAAAUGUUUCAUAGCUUCUAAAAGUCAAUUUAUUUAAAGGAAGAAACAUCUGCCUGUAGAAAAGACAUUUAGAAGAUUGAAUUAGACCAUGAUUUUAGAAAAUUCAAGUGAUAAUUUAUAUUUCAUUUUUCUUGAUACCAACGAUUUAUAAUUCAGUGGUUCCAUUUCUUUAGAAAACUAACUGCAAAUUCAAAAACGAAAUUCAUAAAAAAAAAAUACAAGUAUCUGAAAAACGUCUUUAUAUAAAGUUACUUUUCAAAAAUAUUAAAAAUAAAAACCAUUUAAGUGUUUUAGCCUAAAAACUUUAAUCUUUUUAUAGUUAUUUCUAAAGGAACAAUACAUAAAAACUAACAAUUACUUCUACUUUAACUAAGAAAAAUCAGACGAUAUAGAUUAAAUCCAUAAGAAAGGAAAACGAAGAAGUGAAAUUUAUUUGCAUGUAAUUGAUAAAAUCAGUACAAUAAAGUAAAAGUAGAAUCAUAAAAUCAGCUAACUUCGCAUGCAAAUAAAUAAAUAAGAUCAACUUAAAUAAAGAAAAGUCAAGUAUUACUUCUGGUGUAAAAGCAGACGAUAAAAAUCAAGUAUUAUUUCACGAGCAAAAGCAGACGAUGUAAAUGUUAAUAAGAUGGCAUCUAUAAAACUUCUUCAAAGCCAGAACUGAAGCUAAGAAGAUAUCUAAUGAGGGACUAGUGAAACUCGAAAAAGGGAAUCAGAGCUUCUUGAUCCUCUAGUGGAGAAAGUGAUUGCGGUUAAUGUGAGGUGAGGCGACGGAGGGGGUAAUGCCGGUGAUCAGCGUGGGGGAAUACCAACCCCCGGUGCCCCACCUGUGCGGAGGGUGCGGGGGAAAGAUUGCGGACCGAUACUACCUGCUGGCCGUGGAUCGACAGUGGCACGUCCGUUGCCUCACUUGCUGUGAGUGCAAGGUUCAACUAGAUUCCGAACUCACGUGUUUUGCUAGAGACGGGAACAUCUACUGUAAAGAAGACUAUUACAGACUGUUUGCUGUAAAGAGAUGUGCUCGCUGUCAAAGGGGAAUAUUUGCCAACGAGCUGGUGAUGCGAGCAAGGGACCUAGUGUACCACCUACACUGCUUCACUUGUGCCUGGUGCAAUACAGCGCUGACCCAAGGCGACUACUUUGGUCUCAGGGACAACCUAGUCUACUGCAGAGUACACUACGAGCUCAUGACGCACGGAGAAAAUUUUUUACCUAAUGGAGAAUCUGGACCUUUAUUACCAAGCUCCGAAGAUUUGAUGGAGAGUGGUGAGGGAGGUUGCAAUCUCCACUUGUCCUCACUGGACUCCAAUUCGGCGACGUCCACUGGCCUGAACCCAUCCAGUGCUUCUCAGCGGACGAAGCGGAUGCGGACAUCCUUCAAGCAUCAUCAGUUGCGGACGAUGAAAUCCUACUUUGCUAUCAAUCAGAAUCCCGAUGCCAAAGACCUGAAGCAACUUGCCCAGAAGACUGGGCUUUCCAAAAGGGUGCUCCAGGUGUGGUUUCAGAACGCCCGUGCCAAAUGGCGCCGAAAUAAUCUGAGGCAGGUGGACCUCCAGCAAGGCGGCCAGAACUCUCAAAAUCCUCAGCCCUCCUCGCAAUCUACGCAUCCGAACAGCCCCGGCGCCACAAGUUCCUUCUCAGAGCCCAGCCCGUGCGGGGGCGGAUCGGGCAUGGGCGCAGAACUCUCUCACGCCUCUUCACUUCCGCCCCCUGCCGCCCAGCCGGGUGUUAUGGAAUACGAGGGCAACUCCGGUCUGACGUCACUAGUCCCAAGACACGUCUCCCCCAGUGGUGAACCUUUGCCUUUGACAUCAUUCCAGGAAUUGUUCUAACUGUGAAUUUUGUUUUUAACUUUACCCGUAACUUGGAGGAAGAAGGGAAAAAAAAACUAUUAUCGAACGUCAAGAAUUAAUAUUCAUUUUCAGAGUAAAUUUUUGACUUGAACUGAUUGUGGAGUCAAAAAGGAUUGAAAUAUUAGAGCACUACUAUGACUUUCAAUUUUUGUUUUUUGUUUUGAACUUCAGAAAUCGAAGUUAAAGUUAUUUUUUAUGCACUCUGUUGGAGUUGGCAAUCUGCGGCUAACGAGCCGAGUCAUGUUCGUGGAAUAAAUUUGAGGAGUUUGUGAAAAAUAGCUUAUUGCAAUAUUUCAAAAUUUGUUUCUAAACUUAUUUUUUUAUUACUCGUAACGACACCGAAUAAUGUAUAUUUUUAGAAUCCUCAUCAAAAAGAAAGUCAAAAAUAGUACACACAUUAGUGGUGGCAAAGUUUUGAGUGAUGAAAAAAUAAAACCGCUUUUGAAAUUUUAACAAAUGCUUUCUGAGAAAAGCGGAGAUGAAAGUAUCAAAACCUGUUUGAUUGCCAGAUAAAACAGGAAGAAGUUUAAAUGUGAAUUUUAGAAGACACUAAGCCGUUUCUAACAUUCAAACUUUUUUUCCGUUUUAUCUGGCAAUCAAACAGGUUUUGAUGCUCACCUCCCGCUUUUCCAACUAGUUAUUUUGACAGAUUUCGAUGGCGACGUUUUUUGAUUUUUUCCUUCACUACAUUAUUUCUGUGAUCCUCUUAUAUGCAUACUUUUUUUCAAUAAACUUUUUACGGGGAUUCUAAAUCUAUAUAUUAGGGGUGGUUAUUGCGGAACAUUCUGCAUCUGUGCAAGAUAGUUCUUGUUAUUUAAUUUGAUUCUAAUCAAAAGCAUAGAAAAUUGUCACAAGGAGAUGAAAUAUUUAUUUUGAAUAUUUCUUUAUGAAAUUCAAAUUUAUUAACGAUUAUAUCUGUGACUUAAUGCAGGAACAACUAAUGUCUAAAUUUUGAGUGAGUGAAUGUGAUGAGAAUAUAGUUUUUAAAACGGUAGAAAAAAUUCUACCAUAAGUAUUUUUGCGUUACAAACUUGUAAUGAGUUAAAAAAAGUAAUACCAUAAGUAUUUUUGUGUUAAAAACAUGUCGUGAGUUUUAAAAAAAUAUUGCC